AUGGAGCUUCAAAAUCUUCAGCCUUUCCCGUAUGAGCCUCUUGAGUUGGGCGAAAUACGAUUACUCCACGUGCAGUGCGGCUCCGACCUAAUCUCAAUCAAACUCAGCAACGUCAACUUGAGCACAAAGCCAGUCUUCUGGGCUUUGUCCUAUGUUUGGGGAUCAUGGGAGAACCCUGCAACAAUCUUGAUCAACGACACGACAUUUAAAGUUACGAGGAAUCUUUAUAACGCACUUGACGAGUAUCGGCGCCAAUUCGCGGAUAACAGUAAUACGGCUGGUGCCUUAUGGGUCGAUGCUAUCUGUAUUAAUCAGAACGAUCAACAUGAGAAAUCCAUUCAAGUGCCCCGCAUGUCUGACAUUUACGGUAAAUGCGAACGCGUGCUGGCUUGGCUCGGUCCAGUCGAGGCAGAGGAUAGCGACGAUGUCCGCCGAUUGGCAGAAAAGUUGAAACAGUUUGAGUCACCGACAGGUUCCAGUACUGGAUCCUUAACGGAGGACGAUCGUAUUAAUUCCUUCAGGCUAUCAGCGCAUUCUGAUAAACACGCAGCGGUUGAAGUAGAAAGCGUUCGACGAGCAUUGAGGUCUAUCGGUCACCGCCCUUGGUUCAGACGUAUCUGGAUUCUUCAAGAAGCCGUUCUUGCUAAACAGCAGCCGCUUCUCCUUUGUGGACGGCAUGAUCUUGGGUAUGAAAUCUUCUUCAAGACAUGGGUUUUCAUGCUUGAUCCAUCCCACGACGGGCAACUCCUACAUACUUUCAUGGCGGAGAAUCCAGUCAGGUUCAAAGCUAUAGAGCUGGCUUAUAAGAAGAUACUUGACGAGCGACUGAAAAUUGGGCAAGGAGACGCUGAAACCAAUUUCAAUCAACAAAGGCAGUGUGCGGUGGAACUCUUGCAGCUGUUGAAUGAGGCGACUGAAUUGGAGGCCACUGUUGCCCACGACCGUCUAUAUGCCUUGCUUGGCCUUCUUUCCUGCGAUCCAUUACCUAAAGCACUACAGCCGGACUACGCAAAGCCCUUUGAAACAUUGUGUCACGAGUUGGUGAUGUUCAUCCUAGCACAGACGCAAGAUAUCCGUGUGUUGAACCUGGGUACUUUGGGAAAUCUUGCUGGAGUGCCAUCCUGGACUCCGGAUCUGCGGAAUAGCUGGAUGGCGAUGGUUAACCUUACUUCAUGCCCAGGAAAAUGUUUUAAUGUCUCUGAAGAUGGCAAAACUCUGACGAUGCCUGCAAUUGUCCUCGGACGGUGUGUGUCCGUUUAUGGCCCAGCUCAGCCUGAUCCCACAACCGGGGUAGUACCACCUUCAGAUUUCAUGGCUUUGGAUGAGGAAAUCAUCCGGGUCGCAUCAGCGAUCAGAAAGGUCACUCGGAUGGAGGUCAUGUCUGAGUGGCUGAAGUUCCACCUUGCAAAUAUCUUCACGGAAGAGCGACUAGUCCAAGACCCCUGGAUCGUGCAAAGGGUCAUGAUGGUAUAUGUGUGUAUGGUACAUAACCAACCACUUGAAUCACUAGGUUCACGAUUCGGAACUAAGGAGCAGCUAGAAGGUGCUGAUGGAAUGGUGAGGAGCCCAACUCUGCAGAAGAGCAUGGUAGGACAUAGUAUCUUUGUUCUCCAAGACGGGACUGCAGGACAGUUACUAGGAGAGACAGUAGCACUUGCGGGAGAUGCGAUGUGUGUUUUUCCAGGAAUUUCCAUCCCGAUUCUGGUGAGGCCUGAUGAGACUGGGAAGUGUAGGAUCAUUGGUCAAGUGUCGUUAUGGAAGCAUAUAGGCGCAGGUAUGCCUGCAGAAUUGCUUGAGAGUUACCGGCUUUCAUUCGUUGGUGCACAUCACAAGCGAGAGACUAAGCAUGAAGUCAGGAUGGUUAGUCUCAAUUAG